AUGGCUCGAGUCAACACGCCAAAAGCAUCAAACUGGAACCCUCGUACCGUCACAGCUCCCAUUGCUGCCCUGGUAAUGGCUGGCCUCCUCUACACAUACUCAGUGACCUCUAUCCGAGCUGCCAAGCGCAAUGCUAGGCUCCACCGAGAGGCUGACGGCGGUCAACUCGACAUGCGCAAAGAGAGCCUUCGCAGGCACGGGGCUUUGAAACCGGUCGAGGGGACCUCUGGCCUGGAACUCUUUACCCAGGCCCGCUCGGAUGUCAAAUCAGAGUCAAAAUACCUGACUGAAAAGAAGGCCAAACCAUUAGGAGCAAAUCAACACGAAGAAGUCGGUCACCCUCGUACUGAGAACGAAAGCAAGCUCGAAGGGAUGCGAGACCUGGGUGCAUUGGAGAAGUGGAAGCAAGAGCAGUCCAAGUCCUGA